AUGCCCCAGCCUGCAAACAUGAUCAACGUUGGCUUUCUGUCUGAGGCUGAGCAGUCGUUCAUCCUGGAGGUACUGCGGCGGGAUGAGGCGCUGAGACAAGCUGAGGAGCAGCGUGUGCGGUGAGUGUACUAAAUCCUCUUAAUUACAAUCUCCACAAUAUCAAUAAAGGUAUCAAAAGAUGAAAGUUAUUUUUUAUGUAUUCACUUCAGUUGAAAAUAAAUGAAUAAGUAAGUGAAGUAUGAGUUCACUGAAGUUGAGAUUUAAAGAUACUGGUAAUUUUUUAUUAAAUUGUAUGUUAACUAUUUGCCCUACACUAUUUUUCUUUUCUAUUCUGUGUAAAAUCAAUUUGGCCUGAUAAAUAAAACUCUUUUAUGUAUCUAAAAUGUGUGGAUACAUCCAGGCAUUAAAAGCCUUUCUGUAUCAUUGGGUGGCUUUAAAGGGAAAAAAAUCUGAUCAAAACUUUAUCUUGAUCUGAAAAUAUUUCCUUUCCACAUGAAGUCAGAGAUUAGAUAAAAGUUACAUGAGACAUGUCAGAAUUAUGUUCUAAAACUAAGAGAAAAGCCUGAGGGAUAAAAAUUUAAAUUUUCAGAAAGAUGUUCAAAGUUGGGUGAAAUGUUCAUGUAGAUACUUAAAAAGAAAAAAGCUAAGAUCAUAUUAUUACCCUCAUGGCUAUGGCAUAUAGUUUUUAAACUUUAAUGUCAAGGAUUAAAUCUAAUUUGUGAAUAUACUUUUGGGUGAUUUUCUCUCAAAUAUUCAGAUAAGAUGUUAAUAGUUGAAAGUAACUUUAAUCUCUCUUUUUUGUCAUAACUGAUUAGUAUAUAGGUUUAUUAUGACACAAUUUCACACAAAUGCCUAAUGGUCAACUUUGCUGUAUCAUUAUGAUUUCUUAGAACUCUUUUUUUGAGCCAUUACCAUCCUUUUCUUUAUCACAUAAUAUUAUAUAAAACCUCAACAACAUCAGGGGAUAUUUUCUUCAAAAUUUGUUUUGCUUUGUUUUUUCUUUUUACAUGUCUAAGAGAACAAUGUGAUCCACAAUGGAUUAGUGGACAAUCUCCCCUCCCUGUACCCCUCACAUACCUCUAGGAAGGGUCUACUGACAAUCACAUGCUCUGCAAAGAAACAGAAAAACAGUGAGGGAGACAGAUGUUCUCUGAUAUUAUGUUUUGGCUGUGAAUGUAUUCAAAAAACCUCUUAUGUCUGAAAAUGUCUUUCUUAUGCUAUUGUUCUAAAAUUAAACAAUUUCGAAAUCCACAUCCCCCCUUCAGACAUUUUUUCACUGAAAGAUGAAACUUACAACUUCUUUUGUUUGCUGAGACACACAACCACAAGGCAGUUACUCUGGUUUGUGUUCAUCUCUGAUGAUCAUGCUGAAACCCAUCAAAAGAUAUGAUCUAAUUUCCUGUAGGCUUUCUGUGUUGAGAAAACAUUACGCACUGAGCUAAAAUAUGUGGCAAAUUCAAUCAAAGAUAUAGAGAAGCAGAUAUAUCCUCUUUUUUUCAGGAAGUGUAAUUUUUAACAAAGUAUUGGUACUGAUGCCCAGCGAAUCACUUGGCACAAGUAGCAAAAGUAUAAACCAACACCCAUGCCUAGUUCCUGCUCAGUGUGGAAAGAUGAACAAUAGAAGCUGGUGACGUACAUAUUGUUUUUACAGUAUAUCUCAUGUAGAGAUUGUGUUAUUAAAAUACUUAAAACACUUAAAAUACACAAGUAUCACUAUUGAUAUUAUACUCAAGCAAAUUCUCUAUUGAUGAAACUGUUUCCUCUGUUUUAAAGUUUGUCUGCUCUGAGUCAGAACUGUGAGGUAAAGUCAGCUGUACUAAAUCUAAUCUUUCUUCAUUUUUGAAAACAUUUCCCAUAGCAGGCUUUUUGUUAUUUUUUUAUGUAACAAUAAUUUUUUUCUAAAAUAGUAAAUUGUAUUUUCUAUUUGAUUAAAGUGCUUGUUUCAUAAAAUGUCACAUUAAGUUUUCUCAGAUAUCCGAGUAUUUUCUCGUGUUUCAAGGGUCAAACAGAAGGUGAAGACAUAAAAAAACUCACAGAAACUUCAACACAAAAGAGUUCAAUAAGGUCAACUUUCCCAGUUGUUACUUCUUUAUUCAGUAUGUGUAUGUGUGUUCUCAGGAAGUUGAAGACAGAGCUGCUUGAUAUCAAAAGGAAAGGGGCCAAACGUGGCAGUGGAAGAUACAGUGAGCACAGUUGUGGCCGUUGCCAGGAACCCCUGAGUCGACUGUCCAUUUCCUCCAGCCAGUGUCAGAUGUGCAAUCACCGAGUGUGUCGCAGCUGCCGAACAGGCCUUCCUGGAGGAUCUUGGCUCUGCAGUGUGUGUGCCAAAGAGUCGUAAGGGCCUGUUUUUGUUUACACUUCCUUUUCACUUGUAAUGAUAUUUGUACAACAUUCAAAACAAUUUGUCUUUAGGGAUUAACAAAAUUUCCUAAGCCAAAAGUUCUUUCAACCCUGUGAUAUGGCCUGAUGCAUGAUGUAAUAAAAAUCAAUGAUGUGGGAUGACAAUGUAGUAAAAAGCUUAUCUCACUUACUUCAGCCAUCAGCCCAGAUAACUUAUGACCGUCAUCAGUUUCCUCAAACUCUUGUGAAGUUAGUUGUCAGCUAUCUGUGAUUGACAUGGUCCAUGUGCUUGAGGUUCUGUCCGAUGAAUUACAUUUUGGCUUACUCACUGUGAAUGUACCAAUAAUUUUGGCUCAGUGCUUCUAAAAUGUGUAAUCAAGAUGAAUCUACAGUGAAAUGAGCAGCACUCCUGACAAAAUAACAGUCUGAAAAUGAAUCAGUUUUUAAGACUAUGCCUUUAAGUGGUUUGAACUUGUAGUUUAAGCUGCAGUAACCUGAAUAAAAAACAGCAUUUAUGAGAAGCUGUUUAACAGGAUGUUGAUUCCCUGUAAUGAACCAGGAUGAUGUAUGAGGAACUGAGUGAAUUUGUUUUAGCUUUCAUGAACAAUGUCAAGAUUUGACCAAUUUAUGACAAAAAAAGACUGAAAUAGUUAUCACAUAUGUAGGCAAGCAAGUAGAAAGUCCAAUAUCCUUAACACUCAUCAUGAAAAUGUCAUCUGUAGACCAGAUAUCUAUGAGAACAUCCUCAAGAGGAUGUUUGCCCAUGUGCAGUCAGAUGGCCAAUAGGAGCGCUGAGGUGAUGUAAGCUGGUUUAGCAAUGGACGAACACCAACAACAAGAUGUGGGAGACUGUUGUGCAAGCUAUGCUUCUGUUUUUUCACUGGUUUUAGACAGUGAUUGCAGAUGUUGCACUGGCAAACAAGUAUUCCACUUUCUUCUGUACAUCUUGUCCUCACAGACAGCUCCUUCUGAAGUGGCUUUUAAACAGGCUGCUCUCACUUCACUUCAGUCACUACAGGACACACACAGUGACAAGAAACUUGGUCUGUGGUAUUGAUUGUGGCAGAUUAAUCUUAAAAACUGCCAAUUUAUGUAUGUUUAUGCUGCAGAAUAUCAAAGAUCUCACAUCACAGGGCUUAAAGCAUGACAGUAAACCAUUAACUUUUUACCAAAUCUGUGACUGUCUAAUGGUCAAUUCAAAAUCAGAGCAAUAAAACAUAUUCAUUUUUGAUUUUAGGGAUCUAAAGAAGAUGACGGGUGAAUGGUUCUACGACCAGAAGGUGAACCGUUUCUCCACGAUGCCUGGGCACGACUUAGUGAAAGUCUCCCUGAAAAAAGACCCUCAGUGUAAGUUCAGGAAGAGGAAGUAGGUAUCAGCUCUAUAACCAGGAAUGUAAACAGCUCUCUGUCUGGGCAGAAUGAAAUGACCGCAAUCACAAGAAUGUCGCUCAACAGCAGAUGAGAGCAAUAUUAAAAGCUGCACAUGAGAACAUGAGAGCUUUUUGUCUGGUUUCAAAGAGAGAUUUAACUUUAUGUUUUUGUGACAGCUAAAAAGCGUGAGACAGCGGGGGAAAUGCUGUUGAAAAGUGCUGAAAUAAAACCAGAUCAUCCCACGCCUGUGCCUCGAGCCAGACCGAAGAAUCCGACUGAAAACAAAGGGUGUGUUGUCAGUCUUCACAUCAGUUUUAUCAGUUUUAAAAUGUUUUCUGUCAAGAUUUUCCCAUUACAAAGAUUCAGAGCUGAUUAACCCUUUUCUCAUUUUCUUAUUCUUGACAGUCAUCAAAGCAAUUCAUCAGGAUCGAUAGCUUCAAGGGAAUCAUUUGAAUCCAAAGAGGACGUGGGGUCAAAGCCAACACACAGUGACACAGAGUCUAUGGAAAACGCCAGUAUCAGCACUAAAAUUGACACUGAGUCUCGUCAUGUGACCCCUGAGCCACCAAGGUAAACAGCUGUAGUUAUUCUGAGGUGCUCAUGGUGACGUCAAACCUCAAAGCCACAGUCUAAAGAGGAAGUAGAGGGUUUUGUUCAGGUCAGGUCUCAGAGUAUUAGACUAGUCUACUCAGGAUUCGUAGACCUGAAAUUUUAAACUUCAUAUUUACUCCUUUGAGAAAAACUGUAAGUGCUACAGUGUGAAAUCUAUUUGACUUUUUACAUUGUUAUUAUAGAGAAUAACAAUAAAUCAUUGUAGAUGGGAAGCAAAAUUUCAAGAUCAUGAAAAAAACAGCACUCUUGCAAAAUCAUUGCCCCAUGCAUCACCACAUUAAUACUGAAGUAUUAUCACGCAGGAGGGGGGUCCAACCGCGUCACUCCAGCCCAGAUGGAUCCAAUGUUUCCAGCCUGACUGUCCCAGUAAAAGCAAAUACAGUAAUGAAUGACACCACCAACACAGGAGCAAACACUGUACAACACGUUCAGGUGACUCACUCAUGUUUCUCUCUGAAUCCAUUUCACCCUCUCUCCUGAGACUUUGACUCUCUGUUCUGUCACUUUAGGCCACAGAAGUAAAACCAGCCAAUCCAGAUUUGGAGGUUGAUCGACUCUUCAAAAAGAGCAUCAAACGAUCCCCACGGCCUCCUGGUCAGCAUUUUAACUCAUAUUUUUUGAACGUUUUGCGCCCAGUCUUGUAAAAAUAUUGUGCAGCACGCUGCCGGGCCUAAGAUCUGUGUGUUCAUAACAGGGUACGUGUCAUCUUUGGACCUGCGUGAUGGACUUGGCGCAUCAGAGGCAUCAAUGGGCAACAGGAGUCGUUCUGUUCCCGGGCUUGACGUACAGGUGAGUGGUAUGAAGAGCGGUAUUUUCUUUACUUUUUCACUGUUUAGAGAGAACCUAAAAAUCCCUGUAUGAGUUAAUGACAUGCCUGGUAGAGACCAGUGUUUGAGAAAUAAGUAAACUUCAGCUCCCUAAAUACUUUCAUUUUAAUCAGUUAGAGGUUUACCAUGUGUCCAAGAUUGUCAGUGGAUGAGCAGCUAAAAAGUUAUCAGUGUGAGUUUUCUUCCUGGGGUCCAGGCAAAAAACAUCACACAAUCACAAAACAAAUCAUACAAUACAGUACAGCAUGAUCAAUAAUAAAAUUUUGUAAUACAAAAAUAGCAACAACAAUAAAUAAAAAAACAAUAACUUGGAGUUUACACAAUAAUGUUCGUACCAAAGAUAAAAAGAGCAAUAUAAAAAUAGAUAUAUAUUUUUAGCAAAAAUGAAACAAAGAACCAAUGGCCUAUAAUAUACACAUUGGUGUACCAAAGACAAACAAUAUUCUAAGUGACGAAAAAGUACCAUAAUUAAUAAAAUAUGAGAAAGCAGAAAAAAUCAAAGUUAAGCCUCUGUCUUGAAAAAAUGCAUUCAGGGUUUUUUUUUUCUCGUUUUUAGUGCUGUGUUUACUCUGUUAGUUGUCAGAAGUUUGAAGUUAGCAAAAAAAAUGUUUUCUUAUUGAAGGUUCAAAUACGUCAACCUUGUGUUUACAGCUGUGUUUAAAUAGCUGUAAACUCUAUUUAAAUGUUAUCAUUGAAGAUCGUUGAUUCAUCAUUUAAGAAUACACAUUCACCUAUCCGCCCUUGAAACUUUGCAUACUUGUUUUUAAUUAUGUGCUUUUCUUUAUACUGAAGUUGUUACUGCUGCCUGCAUGCAGACGCCACCGUUUUGUAUGAUCAGUAAUUAAAUGUUUGUUUUGAUACCACAGGAGGAUGGGGAGGAGGAUGAGGACAUUGACAGCUUGGUUAAUUUCCAUAAAAAAACACUUGCAUCAAGCUCCUCCAACUUGCAAGGCUCACAGGUAAAGUAUUGAUGUGCUUAACAGGCGGCUUCAGAUCUCUAAACACUCCUUCAAGAGCAGCUCAUUACGACUCGCAGUGGGCAAAUGGUGUUAGAUUAUCUAAACAAUCAUCAUAACCUCAGGAUAUCCUCCAGCAAGUUAGGAAGUGCAAAAGUGAUGUGUAAAGUCUACUCAAGUGUUUCUAUGGUUACCAAAGUCUCAAAGACAAGCAAAUAUAAGGUCAGCCAACUUUCAUGCCGUCACUCUGGAUCUAGAUAUUUACAGAAUUAUCCAGAUUUCUGCUAAUUUGAUUGUUCCAGACCGACUCUCCAUUCCAGUUCAAGCAUUUGUUUGUUUUGUUUAAUUGCUUUUUUCCAUGUUUAAGUUUUUCUUCAUCUUUUUUUCCACUGUGAUCCACAGCAUUAGCUGAUCAGAGCAUGUUUCCUCUCACAUUAUCCAUAUGUCAAUAUUUGGUAUUCGUCAAGCUUUGAGCAAACAGAGGGAUUACAUAAAAGAGGUGUAUGUUUUUCUCUCCAGAGUACACUGGGCAGCAUGAUGAGUAUUUACAGUGAAGCAGGAGACUUUGACAGUGCAGAGGUGAGUGGAGACAUUGUCUUCUCCUUGGGCUACGUCGAACACACCCAGAGCCUCCAGGUCUUCAUCAAGCAGUGCCACGGGCUGGCUUACGGCGAUACCCCUCGGCAACUUUCCAAUCCGUAAAUAUCAGACACUCGUUUUUAGAACUUCUUACUAAGGAAAACAUACACGUUGGCAUUUAUAUCAAGCAGCAUGGUAGACUGUGGCUCUAACACAUUUUUCUACUGCAUACUCACCCCUCAGCGAUGUUGACACAGCUUUGAUCUGACUCGAUAAGAGGUUACUGUGUUGACAAAGUCACCAUAAUCACAUCUCCGAGCUGAUUACUCAGCUUCACAGGAAAUUGAAUGCCAGCAGUCUGUUUUGGAACAUUAACCCUGAAAAUACAGCAGAAGAGAGAAGCCCUUCCUGGUAGAAAUGUAAACGUUUUGUUCUGUCCUCGUGUUUCAGUUACGUCAAAUGCUAUCUGCUCCCCGACAAAUCUCGCCAGAGCAAAAAGAAGACGAGCAUUAAGAGGAACACUGUGAACCCGGUUUACAAUGAAACACUGAAGGUAAAAACUCAAACUGACACCUCUUUUACAACUGUUAGCCUUAUCCUAUUGACAUUGACACCACAUGACAAUAACAAUGACAAUAACAAUGGCCACACCUGCCGACCUUACGAUCGAUAUUGACACUGCACACUAGAAAAGCUGUUCUCAAAUAUUGAUUUUGGUCCUGGCCUUGGCAUGUAGUUUUAGCUGAAACACUUUGACAUCCGAAACUGUUGCCAAGGAAAUUGGAAUGAAUUUAUUCUUCGCUCAGUCCUGCUCUAGAAGUUUAGAUUUAAGAAGCUUAUCAUCCUCCUUCAUCGUUUAUUUGAACUUAUGUUACCACCAGAGCAAAAAUGUUGAAUAAAUUUCCCCACCUCUGUAUCAACAUUGAGAGAUUUUAUACAUCAUCUUUUCUCUUCCUCACCUUCUCCCAACAGUACUCUAUUGGUCGCUCUCAGCUGUUCACCCGCUCUCUGCUGAUAUCAGUCUGGCAUCACGGGCGCCUCAGCAAAAAUACUUUCCUGGGAGAGGUGGAGAUUCCUCUGGACAGCAGAGACCUCAGCUCCCCUUACGAGGAACGAAUGGCCCUCCUGCCAAAGGUAGGUCUGAGAAACCUGACCUUAAUCUGCUACAGCUAAACUCAAAUAUGUAUUUUUGAUUUACAAAGAGCGAGGGGUUAUAUUUGAUGUUUAUUGUUGUUUGUUAAUUUGGUAGAAAUUAGUAUUUUUCCCUCACUAUGUUGGUGUGUUUCUGCGUUGAGAAGUGCAUUUGCAGGCAUGUGAUGUUUGCUUUGUUGUUAACUUGGGUCUUGAGUGCACUGAAAUUGUCGUGCUUUCUCUUACAGGCAUCAUAUGCUGUGCCGGCCUCUUCUUUUGUUCAGAACAAAGGAGAGUUGGUGAUCUGUCUAAAGUACAUCCCACCUAAAAAACCAGCUGCUGAGAAAGUAAAAGGUAAGACUAUAAUCAGAGGACUGCAUUCAGUCUAGUCUGAGUUUGAUACACUUUGCCUUUUAUUUUUUAAGAAUGCCUGUCUUGCUUUUCACAGGAAAAAAGGAUGCAGCAGAGGAAGGCGGAGAACUGCACGUCCUGAUAAAAGAGGCCAAGAAUCUGAGUGCAAUGAAACCAGGUGACACCUCAGACAGCUUUGUAAAAGGGUAGGUGAUAAAACUACACUCCCUUUUUAUAAACUGGCUUUUGUCUCUUUAUGAUUAAUGCUCUAUUAUUUUGAACUUCAGAUACUUGUUCCCAACUAAAGCAAAGACCACAAAGAGGAAGACUCCGGUUGUGAAGAAGAACCUGAACCCCCACUAUGACCACACAAUGGUGUACAAGGAUCUGACUCUGGAGCAGCUGAAGGGGAUGUGUCUUGAGCUGACGGUGUGGGACAAAGAGGCCAUGUCGAGCAACGAGUUCUUGGGAGGAGUCCGACUCAGCUCUGGAAAAGGUAAAAGAGUAAAAACGUUUGUGUGGAUCAGCGUAAGACGACUGUGACUGUAUGAUUGUAGGCUGUGAUUUUACACCAAACAGUACAAGUUCAUUGCUAAGUAUGGACACUGAUGGCAUUGUGUCACAUUUUAUCUGGUUGUUACUGUUCAGUGUUUACAACUGGGUUUGGUAAUCUGCCAGGGUGGACAACAUUUUGCUUUUUCUGUGACAUAGUUGUGAAAUUAAAUGCUAUCACUGAGCACAAUAGAGAGAGAUGAUUGCCUCUUCAGUACUUUUAGUUUACAUGUUAAAGCACAAUUUCCUUUAAGUAGAAGAUGCUUAAUUUUAGACUUUUACCUCAUUAUUUGGGAGAAAGAUUAACUAUCAUGAAGAGAUAACACACUCUGCACUAAUGUUGCAUUCACUCUAUAAUGCUCACUCCCACAGGCACUGUCAAAAUUGGAAAAGAGGAUGUGGAAAUGGACUCAGUUGGGGAGGAGGUCAGUCUGUGGCAGAAGAUGAUGCAGUACCCUGAUUCAUGGGCAGAGGGCACUCUUCCACUGCGCGCCUCGAUGGAGAAGUCCAAGGACAAAUGA